AUGACUAAUCUGUGUUCGUCAUGGAACUUCAAAGGCAAGGAAAACAGUGCAGCACUUUCUUACCACCCAAUAGGACAUGGAGAUAUAAGUGGUGGUCUUAAAAUCAAAAUAUUCGACUGUUCUAGUGGCGUCAAACUGUCAAUCGGUCAGUGUUCUGAUAUCAUGGGAAAGCUUAUUGUUGCUAAGUUCUUGAUCUUCCUCCUGUAUUUAGGAGCAAUAUUACUCCCAUCUCUUGCUAGCCAAAUUACACUUGAUAGGUAUCAUAGAACUUCCCAUAAACAUCGUAGCCAUAAAUCCCUACCAAAGUUGAAGCGUUCUCCAAAAGUUAAUCCACGACACAAGACUACGCCUCCUCCCUUUAUAAUUCCACCAUAUUUCCCCAGGUUGCCGCCACCAUUUUUCAUUCCACCAUUUGUGCCACCUUAUAUGCCAAAGCUACCUCCUUUUAUGCAACCAUAUGUACCUAAGUUACCACCCGUUUAUAAGCCACCAUACGUGCCCAAUCCACGGCCAAUUUUAAGUCCACCUCAUGUUCCAAAACUACCUCCACUUACACAGAAGCCAAAGCCCUCACCUCCUCCCAUAAAUCCUCCAUUUUCAUCUAAGCAGCCUCCUCCAUUUGAGAAAUCACCACCAAUGCCUAGGCCACCUCUUAAUUUAAGUCCUCCUCAAGCACCUAAACUAUCUCCCCCACCUAUACAAAAGCCUAAGUUGCCACCUCCGAUUGUGAAGCCAACAUUUCCACCUAAGUUGCCAUCUCCUACUGUAAAUGUUCCAAUUUCACCUAAAUUACCUCCUCCAUUUCACAGUCCACCAUCCAUGUCUAAGUCACCACCAGUUUUAAGACCACCUUAUGUACCAAAGUUGCCUCCUCCUACCAUAAAUCCACCAUUUCCACCUAAAUUACCUAUAAUUGCCAAUCCACCAACUAUGCCCAAGUCACCUCCUAUUUCAAAUCCACCUCAUGUACCUAAAUUACCUCCUYCUAUUACACAAUCACCAUUUGCUCCAAAGCUACCCCCUCCACUUCUCAAUCCACCAGUUAUGCCUAAGCCACCACCUAUUUUCAAUACUCCUCAUAUACCAAAGUUGCCUCCACCAUUUACACAAGUGCCAAAAUCACCACCUCUUACCAUAAAUCCACCAUUCAUACCUAAGGUUCCUAAGAUGCCUCCGCCUACUAAAUAUCCACCAUUUACACCGAAGAUUCCUCCAUCCAUUCUCAGUCCUCCAAUUAUAUCUAAACCACCACCUACUACUGUAAGUCCACCUCAUGUACCUACAUUGCCUCCCCCGCAUAUAGAGGUGCCUAAGACUCCUUCUCUGACAACAUAUCCACCAUUUCAACCGAAACUUCCUCCUCCCGUUGUCAACCCCCCAUUUAUGCCUAAGACACCUCCAAAUGUAAGUCCCCCUCGUGUUCCUAAACUUACCCCUCCACAGACACAAGUGCCUAAACUACCUCCUCCAGUUCUAAAUCCGCCAUUUUUACCAAAGCCGCCUACUAUUUUAAGUCCACCUCAUGUAGCAAUAUUUCCACCUCCACUUACACAGGUUCCUAAGAUGCCUCCUCCUACUAAAUAUCCACCAUUUACACCAAAGCUUCCUCCAUCCAUUCUCAGUCCACCAAUUAUAUCUAAACCACCUCCUACUAUUGUAAAUCCACCUCAAAUACCUACAUUGCCUCCCCCGCAUAUAGAGGUGCCUAAAACGCCUUCUCCAACUWCAUAUCCACCAUUUCAACCCAAACUUCCUCCUCCUGUUGUCAACCCCCCAUUUAUGCCUAAGACACCUCCAAAUGUAAGCCCCCCUCGUGUUCCUAAACUUACCCCUCCACAGACACAAGUGCCUAAACUACCUCCUCCAGUUCUAAAUCCACCCUCUCUACCAAAGCCGCCAACUAUUUUAAGUCCACCUCAUGUAGCAAUAUUUCCACCCCCACUCACACAAGUUCCUAURAUGCCUCCUCCCACUAAAUAUCCACCAUUUACACCAAAGUUUCCUCCAUCCAUUCUCAGUCCACCAAUUAUAUCUAAACCACCUCCUACUAUUGUAACUCCCCCAUAUGUACCUACAUUGCCUCCCCCGCAUAUAGAGGUGCCUAAGACACCUUCUCCCACUACAUAUUCUCCAUUCUCACCCAAAUUUCCUCCUCCCGUUCUCAAUCCCCCAAUUAUACCUAAGACACCUCCUAAUGUAAGUCCUCCUCAUGUUCCUAAACUUCCUCCCCCACAUACACAAGUUCCUAAACAACCUCCUCCAAUUCAGAAUCCGCCAUCUCUACCAAAACCGCCUACUAUUUUAAGUCCACCUCAUGUAGCAAUAUUUCCACCCCCACCUACACAGGUUCCUAAGAUGCCUCCUCCAACUAAAUAUCCACCAUUUACACCGAAGCUUCCUCCAUCCAUUCUCAGUCCACCAAUUAUAUCUAAACCACCUUCUACAAUUGUAAGUCCACCUCAUUUACCUACAUUGCCUCCCCCACAUAUAGAGGUGCCUAAAACGCCUUCUCCCACUACAUAUCCACCAUUUUCACCCAAACUUCCUCCUCCAAUUCUCAAUCCCCCAGUUAUGCCUAAGACACCACCAAAUGUUCCUAAGAUGCCUCCUCCUACUAAAUAUCCACCAUUUACACCGAAGCUUCCUCCAUCCAUUCUCAGUCCACCAAUUAUAUCUAAACCACCACCUACAACUGUAAGUCCACCUCAUGUACCUACAUUGCCUCCCCCGCAUAUAGAGGUGCCUAAGACGCCUUCUCCCACUACAUAUCCACCAUUUUCACCAAAACUUCCUCCGCCCAUUCUCAAUCCCCCAUUUAUGCCGAAGACACCUCCUAAUGUAAGUCCUCCUCUUGUUCCUAAACUUGCUCCCCCACAUACACAAGUGCCUAAACUACCUCCCCCAGUUUUGAAUCCGCCAUCUCUAUCAAAGCCACCUAUUAUUUUAAGUCCACCGCUUGUACCAAUAUUUCCACCCCCAUAUACACAGGUUCCUAAGAUGCCUUCUCCUACUAAAUAUUCACCAUUUACACCGAAGCUUCCUCCAUCCAUUCUCAGUCCACCAAUUAUAUCUAAACCACCUCCUACUGUUGUAAGUCCACCUUAUAUACCUACAUUGCCCCCGCCGCAUAUAGAGGUGCCUAAGGCACCUUCUCCCACUACAUAUCCACCAUUUUCACCAAAACUUCGUCCUCCCGUUCUCAAUCCGCCAGUUAUGCGUAAGACACCUCCCAAUGUAAGUCCUCCUCUUGUUCAUAAUCUUCCUCCCCCACAUACAAAAGUUCCUGAACUACCUCCUUUGCUUAUGAAUCCGCCAUCUCUACCAAAGCCGCCUACUAUUUUAAGUCCACCUCAUGUAGCAAUUUUUCCACCUCCACUUACACAGGUUCCUAAGAUGCCUCCCCCUACUAAAUAUCCACCAUUUACACCAAAGCUUCCUUCACCCAUUCUCAGUCCACCUAUUACAACUAAACCACCUCCUACUAUUGUAAGUGCACCUCGUGUACCUACAUUGCCUCCCCCGCAUAUAGAGGUGCCUAAGACGCCUUCUCCCACUACAUAUUCACCAUUUUUACCCAAACUUCCUCCUCCCGUUCUCAAUCCCCCAGCUAUGCCUAAGACACCUCCUAAUGUAAGUCCUCCUCAUGUUCCUAAACUUUCUCCCCCACAUACACAAGUUCCUAAACUACCUCCUCCAGUUCUGAAUCCGCCAUCUCUACCAAAGCCGCCUACUAUUUUAAGUCCACCUCAUGUAGCAAUAUUUCCUCCCCCACUUACACUGCUUCCUAAGAUGCGUCCCCCUACUAAAUAUCCACCAUUUACACCAAAGCUUCCUCCACCCAUUACAUCUAAACCACCUCCUACUAUUGUAAGUCCACCUCAUGUACCUACAUUACCUCCCCCACAUAUUGAGGUGCCUAAGAUGCCUUCUCCCACAACAUAUCCGCCAUUUCAACCCAAACUUCCUCCUCCAAUUCUCAAUCCCCCAGUUAUGCCUAAGACACCUAAUAUAAGUCCUCCUUAUGUUCCUAAACUUCCUCCUCCACAUACACAAGUGCCUAAACUACCUCCUCCAGUUCUUAAUCCGCCUACUAUUUUAAGUCCACCUCAUGUAGUAAUAUUUCCACCCCUACUUACACAGGUUCCUAAGAUGCCUCCUCCUACUAAAUAUCCACCAUUUAGACCGAAGUUUCCUCCAUCCAUUCCCAGUCCACCAAUUAUAUCUAAAUCACCUCCUACUAUUAUAAGUCCACCUCAUGUACCUACAUUGCCUCCCCCGCAUCUCAAGGUGCCUAAGAUGCCUUCUCCCCCUACAUAUCCACCAUUUUCACCCAAACUUCCUCCUCCCAUUCUUAAUCCCCCAGUUUUGCCAAAGGCACCUCCUAAUGUUAGUCCCCCUCGUGUUCCUAAACUUACCCCUCCACAGACACAAGUGUCUAAACUACCUCCUGCUGUUCUAAAUCCGCCUUCUCUACCAAAGCCGCCAACUAUUUUAAGUCCACCUCAUGUAGCAAUAUUUCCACCCCCACUUACACAGGUUCCUAAGAUGCCUCCUCCUACUAAAUAUCCACCAUUUAUACCAAAGCUUCCUCCAUCCAUUCUCAGUCCACCAAUUAUAUCUAAACCACCAACUACUAUUGUAAGUCCACCUCAUGUACCUACAUUGCUUCCCCCGCAUAUAGAGGUGCCUAAGAUGCCUUCUCCGACUACAUAUCCACCAUUUCAACCCAAACUUCCUCCUCCCGUUGUCAACCCCGCAUUUAUGCCUAAGACACCUCCAAAUGUAAGUCCCCCUCGUGUUCCUAAACUUCCCCCCCCACAGACACAAGUGCCUAAACUACCUCCUCCAGUUCUAAAUCCACCAUCUCUACCAAAGCCGCCUACUAUUUUAAGUCCACCUCAUGUAUCAAUAUUUCCACCCCCACAUACACAGGUUCCUAAGAUGCCUCCUCCUACUAAAUAUCCACCAUUUACACCGAAGCUUCCGCCAUCCAUUCUCAGUCCACCAAUUAUAACWAAACCACCUCYWACUAWUGAAARUCCACCUCAUGUACCUACAUUGCCUGCCCCGCAUAUAGAGGUGCCUAARACGCCUUCUCCCACUACAUAUCCACCAUUUUCUCCCAAACUUCCUCCUCCCGUUCUUAAUCCCCCAAUUUUGCCUAAGGCACCUCCUAAUGUUCCUAAGAUGCCUCCUCCUACUAAAUAUCCACCAUUUACACCGAAGCUUCCUCCAUCCAUUCUCAGUCCACCAAUUAUAUCUAAACCACCACCUACUACUGUAAGUCCACCUCAUGUACCGACAUUGCCUCCCCCGCAUAUUGAGGUGCCUAAGACGCCUUCUCCCCCUACAUAUCCACCAUUUCAACCCAAACUUCCUCCUCCUGUUCUCAACCCCUCAGUUAUUCCUAAGACACCUCCUAAUUUUUGA